UUCGACAAAUACUGACACACAAACAAAGAGAGAAAGAGACAACAAUCUCAGCAAUUCGGGUUCAUUUCUUUAAUCUUGGCGGCAAAGUUAUAUCCGAACAGAUAGGAGAAACUUCUCUCCAAGCCCAAAUCCCUCCUAAAAAUAGUUAA